AUCUAUUUCAACUUGGAAAUCAACUUUCUUUCUUGAUGAAAAUGGAGAAAACACCUCACAUAGCCAUUCUACCUAGUCCGGGCAUGGGUCACCUUAUUCCGAUGGCCGAAUUCGCUAAGCGACUAGUCGAACACCACCAUAUCUCCGCUACUAUCAUCAUCCCUACCACUGGAACUCCACCCAAAGCCCAAACAACUGUCCUUGAAUCACUUCCAGAAAACAUCCACCACAUGUUCCUCUCACCAGUCAACAAUUUACCGGAGAAUGUUCGACCGGAGAUUAAAAUCAAUCGCAUUAUGCAAGGUAGUCUUUCAAGUCUUAGAGAUGCUUUAAGUUGUUUGAAGUCAAAAACUAAACUUGUUGCAUUAGUUUUUGAUAUGUUUGGUCAUGACUCAAUGGAAGUUGCAAAAGAGUUUAACCUAUGUAACUUCUUGUUCUUUCCAAUGAGUGCCAUGGCUUUAUCUUUCACUUUUACGUUGCAAAAGCUUGAUGAAGAGACGACUGGCGAGUAUAAGGACUUGCCAUACCCUGUUAAAGUACCGGGUUCGGUUAGUUUUCAUGGGCGAGAGUUAAUGGCCCCGGUUCAAAUCCGGACCGAUGAAGUGUACAAAGGGUAUCUUUUACUUUCAAAGAGGCUUACUUUGCUUGAUGGUAUCAUGGUGAAUAGUUUUGUGGAGUUGGAAGAAGAAACCAUUUGCGUAUUGCGGGAUGAUGUUGCGGGUCAAACACCCAUUUACCCGAUCGGGCCAUUGAUUCGGUCUGAUCCAAGUAACGGGUCGGAUCGGCAUGAGUGUUUGAAGUGGUUGGACGAUCAACCAAGUGGGUCUGUGAUGUUGGUGUCUUUUGGGAGUGGUGGGACCCUUUCUUUAGAACAGAUCCAUGAGCUAGCCCAUGGGUUAGAGAUGAGUAACCAUAGGUUUUUGUGGAUUGUUAGAAGCCCUAGUAAGGCUUCAAAUGCUUCCUUUUUUACUGGCUCUAGCCAGAAUGACCCUUUAGGGUUUUUACCCGAAGGGUUUCUGGCUAGGAUAGUAAAUCGAGGCUUUAUCGUGCCAUCGUGGGCCCCACAAAUCAAGAUACUGAGUCAUGAGGCAAUUGGUGGGUUCUUGACUCAUUGUGGGUGGAACUCAACUCUUGAAAGUAUUGUUUAUGGGGUGCCGAUGAUUGCUUGGCCGCUUUAUGCGGAGCAACAUAUGAAUGCUAAAGUGAUGACUGAAGCACUCGAUUUGGCAUUGAGACUUGAAACCGAUGAAAAUGGAUUAUAUCAAAGAGAGGAGAUCAAAAAGGUUGUAAAGGGGUUAAUGGAGGGAGAUGAAGGGAAGAAGAUAUCUAAAAGGUUGAAAGAAUUAAAGAGUGCUGCCAUGAAAGCUCUAAGUGAUGGAGGAUCCUCUAUGGAGUCAUUGUCUAAGAUUGCCUUCCAACUAAAAAAAUGACCAUUUCCUUAUAUUAUUAGCUACAUGUCGUCACCCCAUGGACCUCCACGUCAGAUAUUUCUUGCAAAAACCGUGGCGAACCCAAAAACCCUCUCUCUUCUGCAUCGAAGUUUUUAGGGGUCGAUGGAACAAAUUAAGUUGUUGAUGCUCUUGGUGUCUUUAUUUAUGUAGAAAGAAUGUAAUCAAUGUACUUUGUGUUUGUCUCAAUUAGUCUUUGAUUUUGAAUAUAUAUUUUAAUAAUGCAAGGAGUAUAUUGGAA